AUGUCUUGCACAGCAAAGUGCAGCGGCUACGCCUCUCUGCGCGCCGAGUGCGCACGGGAGCCGUGCAUGGCGAAUGGCAUGUGUGCUCUGCUGAACCCCAGUAUCUCGGACUGCGCCUCGUGGUGCUGCACGAGCCGAAGCGGGUACGUCUUUUUCCUUGUCGUGUUCUUCUGCGCCGGGACGUUUGCUUUGUGCGCCUCCUACUACCUCUACCGCCUUCACCAGAUCAACGUCGAGGGCGGUGCCGUGCAAGAGAACGGCGAGGCUGUGGUGGUGGCCGAGCCGCCGACAGAGGAGGAGAUGGCCGCGGCACGCCGCAAGAAGCGUACUGUCGUUGUGGACCCGGCACUGCUUAAGGAACUCGAAUCCAAGCAUUGA